AUGAAGUUCAUCAUUCUUUCAUGCCUUCUGGCUGUUGCUCUUGCAAAGCAGGAAUCCAUGGAUAACUCUCAAGAUAACUUCAAGCAGAAUAUGGAUGUGGUCAUUUUUCCCAGUCAGGUAAAACUUUAUUAUUUUAAUCUCCCAAUUAUUCAAUUAGGAUUUGUUGAAGCUCCCAUAAAGAACAAAUGCUACCAAUCCAUUCAGAAGUUCAAACCACCCCAAGUCCUCAAGGGUCUUUACCAAUAUCACAUCACCAGGAAUCCCUGGGGCCAUACUGUGAACCAUGCCUUCCCCUCCACUCACACUCUGCAAUACAACCAGAAAAUGAUGGACAUGGGUGUGCGUGCUAAAGAGAACAAAAUGAAACGAUACAGCAAGAUCACCUAGCCAUGGAUUGUAAAGUUUCUCCAUCAAUACCAGAAAACCAUGAACCCAUGGAGCUGUUACCCAUAUACCCCCAGCCAGUUGGCCAUUAAUCCCAAAGCCUCAUCAAAGUCCUUCGUGUUCCCUCCAGUUCCAGUCACAGGAGAGAAAUCACUGAGAACAUAA